GGGAAGUGAAGAGGAAGACACAUUUUGACAUGAAGAUGGUUGGAAGCUGGCUAUUUCUCCUCGUCUCUCUCCAAGGAUAUGAGGCUCCCUCCACCCCCAAUGUAAACUGCCUGAUCAUUAACCUGGAUUAUGUCAACUGCACCUGGAAUGAACAGGGGAGUCCAGAGGUCAACUACACCUUCUUCCACAAAAGGUCCAUCAAAAGGAAUAUGGAGGAGUGCACAACAUAUCUCCUGGAGGAGAGUUAUGCUGUGGGAUGUAGACUGUCCUAUGACAACUCUGACAGGUUUAGAACACUGACAACCAAGCUGGUCCAUCAGAACAACAGUUAUGUGCAGGACCAUAACCUGAAAAGCAUGGUGAAGCUUUACCCUCCUGUCAACCUGUCAGUUGAGAUGAACAAAGACCCAGAGCUGAAUCUGUACUGGAACAACAGCAAGAACACCUUAUGCAUUGAGAGUGAAGUUCGCUACAGAAUAAACAGUGACAAGUGGAAGAAUUCUACUCCAAGCAAGGAACAGAAGUAUGCGGUGGCUUUCCCGUUAAAGAACAGUCGGUAUGAGUUUCAAGUGAGAGCACGAGUAAACGACAUGUGUGGCGAGUCCAAGUUCUGGAGUGAAUGGAGUCAGCCUAUUCAAUGGGAUUCCAUGAAGGGAAAUAACAUCACAGACAUAUCUGGCAGCUCAAUGUCUGUGUGGAAGCCAGUAUUGUCAUUAGUGGGUACCAUGACACUCUUCAUAUUGGCCUGCAUGCUGGUCUACAGGGAAAGAGAACGACUAAGAUUCAUCCUCAUUCCCAUUGUGCCUAAUCCAGUAAAGAGCCUGAAGGACCUUCUUGACAAGGACACUGUAGAGGCCUGGCUUCACAUCUCCGAAGGUGUUUGCUUCCAGUCUAACUUCACUGAGCUUGCCUGUCCUGUUCGUGAGUACAGUCUGGUUCCACAAACUGGCAGCGUCAGUGAAUCUGAGAGCAACUUCUCCAUCCUAACAGACCAGUCAGAUUGCCUGUCCACGUGCUCCUCCUCAGCUUCCACUUUUCCUGCCACAAGUGAAAAUGAACAAGCUGGUAUUGAAUGAUAGUUCCAAAGGUCUAAUAAUGCUUUAUAAUUUGUUUUACAAUACAAAACAUCCACAUAUAAACUACAACAUACAGACACACACAAAUAUCCACAACAUCACCCCUGCCCAGACAACACCUGUUCACACCCCCACCUCCUGCAUCACUCUCUGCCACAUGGCCUCAAACUGCACCAUUUUGUUUCUCUCCAUCACCCACGCACUUUCAACAUUCAGUUAAAGAAUUUGACCUUUCCAUUGUGUAAACGAUGGAGGAUUAGUUCAUUUCCAGUUUUUAGGUAAACAUUUUUUUUUAAAGAUGAUUGACAAGAAAAGUAUUGUCCAACCCAUCUGGUAUGUCAUUGCACUCUCAUACGCCAUGUCUGGAAAUAUGCACAGAGGGAUUAAAUGUACAUUUACAUUGUAACACUUCUGACAGCCAACAUUCUAACUCCGCACAUCAUUUUUGGACUCUACCUUUAUGCUGCAGAUUCUAUACAUUAGUUUAUACUGGAUUAAGCAUACAUUUAUCUUAACAGUAAUUUCAUUCGUUUGUUCCAACAUUCCCUCCAUCUUGUGCCAAUGUCAGUUAUUUUUAAAUCUUGGUUCCAAUAGUUUCUAUAUUUUUUGUUGUUGCUCUAUAGCGCAUGUCAAACUCAUUCAACGGAGGGCUGAGUGUCUGCGGGUUUUUGCUCCUCCCUUGAACUUGAUUGAUGAUAUAAGGUCACUGAUUAGUAAGGAACUCCCCUCCCCUGGUUGUCUAGGUCUUAAUUGAAUUUUUUUUUGAAAAAAACUAGCCAUCACAAGGCCCUCAGUGGAAUGAGUUUGACAUCCCUGCUCUACAGCCUAUACAUUAUUAUCUACAUUAUUUUAGCAUUAUUUUGCCCACCCCUGGGAUACUGAAUAAAUUGUUAAGCCAGACAAAA